AUGGCGAGAGCCUUUCGCGCGGCAUCCCCGCUGCCCCUCCCCUCUUCCAGCUCCAGGAGCGCCACCGCCGCGAGCGGCGGCGGCAGCGGCAGCGGCAGCUUCACCUGGCUGCUCAAGAAGCGCUCCAGCAAGGCGCCGCAGCGCAGCGGGCCGAGCGGCCAGGAGGCGGAGGACGAGGGAGACGAGGAGGAGGCUGGAGCGGCCGCUCUGUCCUCCGCGCAGUCGUCUUCCACCGGCGAGCAGUCCUCCUCCUCGUCGUCGUCGAGGAAGAAGCGCGCGGACGCGCUGGCGCGUCUGCGGUCGGUGUUCCUGGCGGCGAUCACGCACCGGCGCCGGCGCGAGCAGCUCGGGUCGUGCGUGACGGGCACCAUCUUCGGGCGGCGGCGCGGGCGCGUGCACGUGGCGCUGCAGACGGACCCGCGAUCGGCGCCGGUGCUGCUGGUGGAGAUGGCCGCCUACUCCACCGGCGCGCUCGUCAGGGAGAUGUCCUCGGGCCUCGUGCGCCUCGCGCUCGAGUGCGAGAAGCCGCCGCUCAACGCAGGGGAGAAGCGGCGGCCGCUGCUGGAGGAGCCGACGUGGCGCGCGUACUGCAACGGGCUCAAGUGCGGCUACGCGGUGCACCGCGAGUGCGGCGCCGACGAGUGGCGCGUGCUCGGCGCCGUGGAACAGGUGUCCGUCGGCGCCGGCGUGCUCCCGGACGACGGUGCCGCCGGGGCCGCAGGCGGCGCCAGCGAGGGCGAUCUGAUGUACAUGCGCGCCAAGUUCGAGCGGGUCGUCGGAUCGAGGGACUCGGAGGCGUUCUACAUGAUGAACCCCGACGGCAGCGGAGGGCCCGAGCUCAGCAUCUACCUGCUCAGAGUCUGA